UUAUUUUGAGGAUGUAUCUAUUUGGUUGAAAUGAAUAAUAAAAUAAAAAAAAAAUAAUAAUAAAUAUGUGGGAGAGAAAGACCAAGGGUCUCGCUUCACUUAACUAGAGAGGAGUACUAACUAGUUAACACAUCCAGCGCCUCCAAAGUAAAGUAGGCUGAGAAAUUCUCUGCCCCUUUUCUUUCUCUUCCCUCUCCCAAUGGAUUCGCUCUCUCUCUUCUGUACCGGAGCACUUCUCGCCGGCGGCCUCUACUGGUUCGUGUGCAUUUUGGGCCCCGCCGAGCAGAAGGGCAAGCGCGCCACCGAUCUGUCCGGCGGCUCCAUAUCCGCCGAGAAAGUCCAAGACAACUACAAGCAAUACUGGUCCUUCUUCCGCCGCCCAAAGGAAAUCGAAACCGCCGAGAAGGUUCCAGACUUCGUCGACACAUUCUAUAACCUCGUAACUGACAUCUACGAGUGGGGUUGGGGUCAGUCCUUCCAUUUCUCCCCUUCAAUACCCGGCAAGUCCCACCGUGACGCCACGCGCCUCCACGAGGAGAUGGCCGUCGAUCUCAUCGAGGCGAAGCCUGGUCACAGAAUACUGGACGUCGGGUGCGGAGUAGGUGGGCCCAUGCGUGCCAUCGCAGCCCACUCGAGAGCCAACGUGGUGGGCAUCACCAUCAACGAGUACCAGGUGAACCGGGCCAGGAUCCAUAACAAGGAGGCCGGGCUGGACUCACUCUGCGAAGUUGUGUGCGGCAAUUUCUUGGAGAUGCCGUUCCCUGAUAACAGCUUUGACGGCGCGUACUCCAUAGAAGCCACUUGUCACGCACCCAAGCUCGAAGAUGUGUACGCUCAAAUCUUUAGGGUUUUGAAACCUGGCGCACUCUACGUUUCUUAUGAGUGGGUUACGACGGACAAGUAUAGAGGGGAAAACCCUGAACACGUGGAGAUCAUUCAGGGAAUCGAGAGAGGUGACGCUUUGCCUGGGCUUAGGAGCUACGCUGAUAUUGCUGAGACGGCUAGGAAGGUAGGGUUUGAAGUGGUUAAGGAGCAGGAUCUGGCUAAACCGCCGGCUCAGCCGUGGUGGAGCCGGCUCAAGAUGGGUCGGAUCGCUUACUGGAGGAACCACAUUGUGGUCACUGUUCUGGCGGCGCUGGGGAUUGCUCCCAAGGGUACCGUGGAUGUUCACGAGAUGCUAUUCAAGACCGCUGACUAUUUGACCAGAGGUGGUGACACUGGGAUUUUCUCACCGAUGCACAUGGUCCUCUGCAGAAAACCAAAAUCCCCUCCUACUUCUACAACCUCAUCUUAGUCAUCAUCAUUUUCAGCUGACGUGCCACACAUGUUAACGACAUCUGGCCAGCACUUGCUUUGGAUCUGCCAAUCCUUGCUCUCAUCGUGUUCCCGUGACGACGCCACCUAGGCGUGUGUUAAGUAAAAGUGUAUCACAUUUAACACCCUUUCUUCUUUGGUUCUUUCCCACCAUGGUUUAUGCACUGGGUACACCAUGCUAAUUAGUCAACUCAUAUAUCCUAAAGUGGGAAAAGAAUCGUAAUGGGAUCAUUGAAUUAUAUCAAUUUACCAAAUUGGAAAUCUGGUUAGUUUCGAAUGGGUAUUUAUUACUUAUGUAUAGCUUAAAUACCCAAUCAUUAACACCAGCACAAUUCCAACCAAAACUCUUUUAUACGGUUUUAGUUAGCGGUCCCUACGCGUGUAUUCUGGUUCUUGUUUAAGUUUAAUAGAACAUCUAAGGGAAAAAGGACAAGUCAGGAUCAAACGGUUUAGUUUUAAUUUUUGUUUGCAUUUUUCAACCUAAUAAUGCUGAUGAUCGGUGAUCCUGACAAAACUAGUAGUCUCGGUAUCUUUCUUCGUGGGGCUAUAGAGCUAUAGUUACUGAUAUUUUAUAUUACGAUAAAAUUUAGGCUGGUUGGUAAUUUGAUGAACUAAAGGAAAGCAAUACUC